GGAGGAGGGGGCCCUCAUGGACGGCUGCCAGCGCCCCCUGGAGCAGGUCGGCAGCUUCAGGAAGGACCACUUCGAGGCGGACUGGAUUAAGGUGGCGGAGGGCAGGUUCAGCCAAGUCUAUCAGGUCAAGUCCAAGCGGUGGCGGGAGAAAUGCGCGCUCAAGUGCUUGGACCCGUCGGGUUCCGCCGACUCGUUCAGGCGGGUCGCGGCGGCCGUGGCCGGCGCCGCCGCCGCGCGCUCCGGGCACGUGGCGGCCGUCUACGGGCUGUGCGAGGAGGCGCGCGCCCUGGUGCUGGAGUACAUGAGCGGCGGGUCGCUGAGCGGCCUGCUGGCCAGCCACAGCCUGACGUGGCCCAAGAAGCUGCAGAUGAUCCACGAGGCCUCCGUGGGCAUCAGCUACCUGCACGGCAUGACCCCCCCGCUGCUGCACCUCAACCUCAAGACGUCCAACCUCCUGCUGGACGAGCACCUGCACGUCAAGAUCUCCGAUUUCUGCAUGAUCCACUGGGAGGAGGGAAUGAGCGUGAGGUCGCUGGUGGAGGGGCUGACGGCGAGGGGAAACGCGAGUUACAUCCCUCCGGAGGCUUUCACGCCGUGCCCCGAACCUCCAGGAGCCGCCUUUGAUGUUUACAGCUUUGCAAUUGUGAUGUGGGAGAUAAUGUCACAGCAGAAACCACAUGCAGGGUGCAGCGUGCCCGCGGUGCUCCUGCAGGCGUCCAGCGGCAAGAGGCCGUCCGUGGGCAUGAUCCCGGAGCCCCGGCCCAGCGAGUGCGAUCCGAGCAUCAGGCUGAUGCAGCGGUGCUGGGACCAGGACCCCAGGAAGAGGCCCCUGUUCCCAGACAUCGUGGGGAAAACAGAAGCUCUGAGCGAAGUCCUCAAGAUCCCGGGGCCGAUCCAGUGCCACAGGAACGUCAGCGGGGAGCAGAACCCAUCGAGUUCUCGGCCGGAUUCGCCCGGACACAAUAUUGCUUUGCCUGAGAAGCCUGACCUUCCCUCAGAUGACCAACACGGGCAAAACGGGCUCCUGGCGCUGCUGUCCACAAAGGACUUCAGCAGCUUCAGGCGCUCGGUGAAGGGAGAGCACGUCCUCGCCCAGUUCUCGGAGGAGAAGAGCCUCCUCCACUACACGGUGGCCAGCGGGGACGCGGGCAGCGUGGAGCACGUCCUGAGCCUGGGCGCCCACGUCAACUGCAGCACGGCCAGGGGCUACACCCCGCUCAUCGUCGCGGUUCUGAAGAGGCUGCACGAGAUCGCCGCGCUGCACGCGGCGCCGACCCCGACCGGGGGCGACGAGGACCAGUGGACGGCGCUGCACUUCGCCGCGCAGGGCGGCGACGACCGGAGCGUGCGCCUGCUGCUGGACCGCGGCGCGGCGGCGGAGGCCCGCGAGCGGUCCGGGUGGACGGCGCUGCACCUCGCCUGCCAGAACGGACACGAGGCGGCCGUGCGCCUGCUGCUCUCGCGGCUGCCGCCGGACGCGGCGGGGGCGCGGGAGCGCGAGCACGGCCGCACGCCGCUGCACCUGGCGUGCGCCUACGGGCACCUGGGCAUCGCCAAGCUGCUGCUCUCCAAGGGGGCGGACCCCGGCGCCGCCGACUCCUCCCUCGCCACCGCGCUCCACCUAUCGGCCGAGGAGGGUCACAACAGGCUGGUGCGACUCCUGGUGAAGACCGGGGUGAACGUCGGCGGCGCGGACAGCGGAGGCUUCACCCCGCUGCACCGGGCGGCCCUGAGGGGCCACGCGGGCAUCUGCAGGCAGCUGCUGGCGAACGGCGCCGACCCGAACGCCAGGACGCUGCAGGACUGGACCCCCGUGCACCUGGCGGCCGCCAGGGGCCACGGCGCCGCGCUGGUGCAGCUGGCCGACCAGGGCGGCUGCGUGAACGCCGCGGGCCGGGACGGCUGGACGCCGCUGCACCUCGCCUGCCGCCAGCGCGAGCCCGAGGCGGCGGCCGCGCUGCUGGCGGCGGGGGCCGAGGCCGACGGCAGGGAGCGCGCGGGCCGCACGCCGCUGCACGUGGCGUGCGCCGCCGGCGCCGUCCCCGGCGUCCUCCGCCUGAUCGCGCAUGGCGCCGACGUGAACGCGGCGGGCGCCGGCGGGGCGACGCCGCUGCACGAGGCCGCCCGGCACGGCUGCGAGCCGGCGGCGAAGGCGCUGCUGCUGAACGGGGCGGACGCGACGCUGCUGGACUCCUCCGGAGCGUCGGCUCUGAGCGUGGCCUCCCGGUGUGAGAAGUGGGAAAUAGUGCAGCUGCUGGAGAAGGACCAACAGACGCAUCAGUAACGGAGCUGCAUGAGGCCAUUAAAAUAAAGCCUGGCUCCCGUCAUGUCGUCAUAUAUUUAAAAACAUGUAGCCAAUUGCUAGUAUGUCGUAGAAAUAAACGAGCCUUUUGCACCAGUAA